AUGGCUAAGCAAUCGGAAGCUGAUAUAGUGGAGCAAAAUGAUACUGCAAAUGGUGAUUUCAGUGUGGGGAAAUUGUUGUUUUGUGCAGUGGGUAUUUAUUGCAGUUUUUUGACCUGGGCAUUGGUUCAGGAACCAUUGAACACAAUACAUUGGCCUCAAUCUAAUGAACAAUUCAAAUCUCCAAAUAUCAUCGCUAUCUCCCAAGCUUUCGUGGCAAUGGUUAUUGGGUUUGUGUAUUUAUCGUAUAAAUCCAAUGUCACGUUAGUUCAGUUAUACCAUUUGAUUUGGAAUAAUAAAAAAUAUUUCGUAAUUAUUUCAGUAACACAGGCAUUGUCGGCUCCUAUCGCUUCAUACAGUUUACAACAUGUUGAUUAUCUAACAUUUAUGUUGGCUAAAUCAUGCAAGAUCAUCCCAAUUUUAAUGGUACAUAUGUUACUUUACAGGACCACAAUUGCAAAUGAAAAGAAAAUCGUUGCAGUCUUAGUUACUUUAGGUGUAAUGGUUUUCACAUUAGGCUCUAAAAAAACUGGCCCAACAAUGAAGGUGCCUGAUGAACUAGAGGAAAAUAUGAUUUUAACCCAUUUCUACGGUUACUCCAUGUUGCUACUAAGUUUAUUUCUAGACGGUUUGACAAAUGCCACACAAGAUAAGAUGCUAAAAUUGAAUAAAAACUCCAAAAAACAUGAGCUGAUCUCUGGUGCUCAUUUAAUGUUUGCAUUGAAUCUAUUUAUAGUUAUCUGGAAUACCCUGUAUUUGAUUUUGGUUGAUAGAAAUCAAUUCAAAAAUGCGCUAACCUUAAUUGAACACGAUCCUAUCAUUAUAAAAUAUCUAACAACUUAUUCAUGUUGUGGGGCUAUAGGACAAAUCUUCAUCUUUUACACAUUAGAAUAUUUUGGCUCAAUUAUUCUAGUUAUGAUUACAGUGACAAGAAAAAUGAUGUCGAUGUUAUUAAGCAUUGCGGUUUACAAAAAGUCGGUCAAUUUAAUACAAUGGGCUGGUAUUUCUAUUGUCUUUGGUGGUAUUAUAUGGGAAGCAUUGCAUAAGACUAAGAAGGUUAUAGGAAAUAAGACAGAUAAUGAUGAUAAGAAGAUACUGUAA